UACAAAUUUGGGUGUCUCGCUUCUUCGUAUCCAAAUCGAUUCCAAAUUGAUCUCUCGCAUUUUGUUAAACUCGCGGUUGAUCAGUUCCGAAAGAACUGAAGAACAGGUUUGAUUUUUCGCCAAUUCGGGUUGGAGGCCGCACACAAAUUUCAUAGAUCGAUCGUACGUAUUCCGAUCUCGUCCAGGAAAUUGACAACAGGUAGCAAUUGAUGCGAAAAAAUGGUGCUUUCCAAGCCGGUCAAUAUCUUUUAUAGUCUCCUAGGCUCAUAUUUACAACGGCUCUACUACAGUCCUUUAAAAACAAAAGCUAUAACGAGUUGCAUUAUCGGCGCCCUUGGAAAUGUGGUAUCUCAGAAAUUAUCCGGCAUCAAGCAGCUUAAUGAAGACAGUAUCUUGGCUUUUGCUCUAUUUGGAUUAUUGUUUGGAGGUCCGGUACCCCAUUACUUUUAUACAUAUAUACAAUUGUUCGUGAAACAUCCUCUAGGAAUUCUUCUAAUAGAGAGACUCAUUUACACACCGUGUUUCCAAGCUCUUGCACUGUAUUUACUUGCCAUCUUUGAGGGCAAAACCCAUCAAGUGGCAUAUGCUCAGAUGCAAAAAUUAUAUUUACCGACAUUGAUGGCUAAUCUGAAAUAUUUGACGUUGUUCCACUAUAUCAACAUAAGAUAUGUUCCACCAAUGUUGAGAGUCUUGAUAGUCAAUUUGAUUGGUUUUGUAUGGAUUAUCUAUGUUGCUAAUAAAAGAGCAAAAGCUUCGAAACAGAAGUAGAAAAACAUGAGAAUCUAUUAUAAUUAUUAUUAUAAGUAUUUUUAUAACUACAAUGAAUAAUCUACGUUAAUGCGUACUACGGGUGUGCUAUGAUUCUUCUUGAUCAUUUAAAAAAUCAAGAGCGAUAAGAUAAUUUUACACAAAUACUUGUAACAAAUUUACU